CCUACCUGACGCUUGCGUCAUUACGCAGAGAAGGCUACCUUGGUGGUGUACCUUUGGGCGUCCUUACACGCGCAAGCUGGGAGGUCUGGGGCUGUUGUUGACGGAGUUACCCUUAGAUAAAUGUGAAGAGAGAAGUUUGUGGAUCUAGGAAACACGUUAUUUGCAAGGUUGUUGGGAAGAUAAGAUGAGCUGUGGAUGAUUCGUCUCUCUUUUCUACAUGGCUCACAGCACAUAUUUUUAUACCAAUGGCCCAGAUAACACAGAGUCUACUGGUAGCACUAAGCACAGUAGUGUUGGGUAUUGUCUGGAGACUCCAUACGGAUACCAGAUUGACUUGGACUUUCUUAAGUACGUGGACAACAUUGAAAGGACCAACACUAUUCGUCGCCUCAGCCUUCAAAGGCGCCUCAGGGCAGCCAAUCCUAUUUCAGAACCUCAAGACAGACUCGGCCCCACCCAGUGGACCUCUUCUGAGUCUCUGUCAUCUGUGAGCAGCGAUGAAGUCCACAGAGGUUCUUUCUCCUCCUCAUCCUCGUCCUCGUCUUCCAUGAGUCAUCGAAGGCCCCCACUCCCUCCUUCCCACUCUUCCCCUUCCCUCACUGGAGGCAAUGAGGCCUCUCAGCCGCCCGUUGCUUCUCAGAGGGCUCUGGAGGGCAAGCCCCCUACUGCGACGCUCUCCUCUGCUCUCCCCAGGUCUAACCCCCAUGUGGAGCGCACCUUGCUGGAGACCCGGCAGCGCCUGGAGCAGGAGAAGGCCUCCCUCUCGGCAGCUGUUCCAGAGCCUCAUCCCAGGCGCAGGCUCGCCAGCUUCGGUGGCGUUGGUUCCAGUGGCUCGCUCUCCCCGUACACAAGCUGGAAAGCUCUGAACCAGAGCCUGCAAGCUGGCAGUGCCAAGCUGAGCGUGGCUGAACAGCCCGGGCAGGGGAUGUCUUCCCUGGGGGGCACCACUGGAGGAUCGCUGAGGCACAGUCCACUGAGCUCUGGCAGGGCCACCCCAGUGACGGGCGUGAGCCCCCUUCAUCUGCAACUGGUGCGUGACCAGAUGAUGGUUGCCCUCCAGAGGCUGAAGGAUCUGGAGGAGCAGGUCAAGGCCAUUCCUGUGCUGCAGGUCAAAAUCUCCGUCCUCCAGGAGGAGAAGAGACAACUGGUCUCUCAGGUGAAGAAUCUGAAGGGGGAGGACACCGAGACGGACGCGUCGUUUCGGAAACGGGCACACAGCACCGGCUCUGCAGAGCAGCUGGAGCUACAGCGUUACAGACUCAGGAAAGAAGCCGAGGGAGAGACCACUGGGGACAACCCAGACAUCCUGAAAACCAUCACCACUACUGGUCUGAAGGAGUUCAGGCAGCUCACAGCAGAAAUGCAGGCUCUGGAGAAAAAAAUCAAAGAUGCUCGCCUAGAAACACGACACGGUGUGGUCGUGAAAGCAUCCCACAUCAGAGGGAACAGGUCUGUGGCUGUUGGCGAUGACUUGCCAGUAGACAAAAUAGGCAUCCUCCAUCAGAGCUCUGUGAAGCUCACCAAAGACGUUGCCACAGAGGUGAAACUUGACACCAGAUCCGCAGCCGUGGGAGUAUCAGAAUCCAUGCUAGGAGCAUCAUCAGCAGAGAUGGAACUGGAAUCCCAGCAGCACACCAUCCAGGUGCUGAAGGAUCAAGUGCGGCGCUUGGAGGCCGAGCUGAAAGACAUGGCUUUGCAGAAGGAGAUGGGGCUUCUCAGGAACGAGCUUCGAAACGCAGCGGGGGCCAGGAAUCACAAGAGCUCCACAGCGCAGCCCUUGACCUUCAGUGCUGGAUCUCAAACCAGAGCUCAAACCCGGAGUCUGGGUGUGGGAAAUCACCCCAACAUGCAGGAUGCAUCCACAGGAGAGCAAGCGGAGCAGAAGGGGUGGGGUAUAUCUGUGGGGGUGUCAUGCAAGCCAGAUACCCGGUGUGUGGCUACAGGUCACGACACACCUAUGAAUCACUGGGUCGUACGGGAGAAAGUGAAGACUAGUGAGAAGUGUGUUGGGGAUCAUGUUUCCACGCGCUGUCAGGGUGUGUGUACAGAAACGAGUAUCUGCGAGGCAGGAGUCCUUACAGAGGAGACCAUGGAAACUCUCAGUCAGUGGGCCAGGAAGGUGGACCAGCGGACAGUUGGGUGUGGGGACUGCACGGUGGAUGUGACUGUGACGCCUUUGAAGGCCCAGGUGUCUCGGGGUACGGUCACCGACACAGUCAGAGGAGUGGACUUGGGCAUUAUGGUGACCCCAUGCACAGCUUCCCAGCGCACCAACACAGCGGUCGACACCGUGUCUCGUUUCACUAGCACUGCAAUGGCCUUUGUCACAGAGUCUAGCACCAACACCUCCCUGAAUACCACUAAAGAAAAACACACCAAUACCAUGUCCAACCUCACCAGAAGUAUUGCCAUAGGUGAAGGCAAGGUUAAAGACACAGAGGCAACAGUGAGAAUGCGCUCCAUUGGUGUGGGAACUUCAGUACCGGGAGACAUGGUUCAUGUUCCUUGUGUGUCCCCCGUUGCAAAAGUAACAACUCGAGACACCGGGGUGGGGCUUGCUAAUGUCCACGAGAACUUUUUAGUGGGCUUAAGAACCAGGAAUAUUGCCUGUGGUCCAUCUCGCCUCCCGGACCCCACCAAAACCAGGAGCAUUGGCAUCGGCGUGGGCGACGGCCGGCUCCGGGACGCAUCCGGACACUGGCAGACGCUCACGCAGACGACCCAGACGCACGCGCAACCGCAGCCAUCCGCAGCGCUGGAGCCGGGCCUGGAUCAUUACAUCGAGCGCAUGCAGAGGCUGCUGAAGGAGCAGCAGAGCCUGCUGACGGAGAGCCACAGUGAGCUGGGGGAGGUCAUGGCCCAGCCCCAGGCCCACUUCACCUCCAUCAGCACCCAGCUGGCAAGCACCCUCUCCUGCCUGGACUCCGUCGUGCGACACGCAGGCCCCGAUGAACCGCAGCCACAACACAAAGGUUCUGGGGCCAGCCCAUCGUCUGAAACCGCAGAGAAGUCCCCGGGCAGGAAGAAGAGCCCUAAAGGAGAAAAGAAGUCCUCUGACCUUCUUGGUCCCCCCAGCGAUGCCUUGUCACUCAAGCCUAUCAUUAAGAGGAAAGAUGGCCACCAAUGUUGUGAAGACAGCAGGAAGUAUCUGAAGUUGAAUCCUGUAGGGCUGGAGGGCAUGGUCAUGAGUGAGGACUCUAACUCCGAGGGCAGUGACUCCGAUGGAGCAGUGGACACUGCCACGUCCGAGAGGAGGGAAAGCAGCGGCAGACCUGUUGCUGAGCAGAGGAGGAACCGAGGGCAACUGGACAAGAGGGACCGGUAUGAGCUGAGUGAAAAGACCUUGUCAGCAUGUCACACACUAAAGACACAUCUGUGUGACGGUCAGACGUUAUCCAGCAGAGAGCUGCGUUCCUGCUUGAACACUCUACAACAGGAGUGGUUCCGCGUCUCCAGUCAGAAGGCUGCGCAGGCCGGCGCCGUGGGGGAUUUCCUGUGUGCCGCGCACCACAUUUCCCCACUGGUGCAGAAUCAUGUGGCUAAUAUGGCAGACGGCAAUGGCAACACCGCUCUGCAUUACAGUGUAUCUCACUCCAACUUUAAUGUGGUCAAGAAGCUGCUGGAUGCUGACGUGUGCAAUGUGGACCAGCAGAACAAAGCCGGCUACACCUCAAUCAUGCUAGCUGCCCUGGCUGCUGUGGAAACCAAAGCAGACAUGGGGGUUGUUGAGGAGCUCUUCCGUAAGGGAGACGUGAAUGCUAAAGCCAGCCAGGCGGGUCAGACAGCUUUGAUGCUGGCAGUCAGCCAUGGCCGCAUGGAUAUGGUCAGAGCCCUGCUGAUCUCGGGUUCAGAGGUCAACAUUCAGGAUGACGAGGGGUCAACAGCACUGAUGUGUGCCAGUGAACACGGCCAUGCUGACAUUGUGAAGCUGCUGUUAGCUCAGCCUGGGUGUGAUGCCACUCUGAGUGAUAAUGAUGAAAGCACUGCCCUAUCCAUUGCCCUCGAAGCUGGACAUAAAGACAUUGCCAUGCUGCUUUACGCCCAUAUUAACUUCUCCAAGGGUCAAACUCCGGGGACUCCACGUCUUGGAAACAGACUUGCUCAAAUUCAGUAGGGAGAGGAUGUUUGGCCCGACUGGAUGCCAGUAAUUUUUCCACAUAUUUGCUGCUAUAUGUACUCUCAGUGCAUGCAAAAUGCAAACGUUUUUAACCCUGGUUAGGGCCUAUAAUUGAAUACUUUAGCUGAACUACAUGGCCUUUGGAAUUGGAAAUUAUCUGUUGGUGAAGCUAGAAUCCCAUCAAUGUGCUUAAAAUUACAUGGAAAUGUGUCAUUAUCAGUGCAUAAGUACAUGUCGGUCAUGUGAGAAUUUUAUAUGGGCCAUAUCCAGUCCUCCAACUCCUAAAGACAAAAGACUGCAGUUGAGUGCAGUUUCUUGCUAGCACUAGACGACUGCAGGAUAUUUUUCUUGGCUCUGAGUCAUAUCCUUUAAUCAUUUUUAGCCACUUUGUACAAGUCAUAGUUGCUAGAUAAAUACACCACACUGCCUGUUCUGCAGCUGUUUGUAUCUCUGAGACCACGGAGGGAGGUGUCUAUGCAGUAUCUGUUUCUCUUUUGUGCCUGGAUCAGGUUAUGUCAGGCAUGACAGACGUCCUGUGGAGACAAACUAAAAGCAAUAGUAAUGUUUUAAUGUUUUUUGUGUGUGUACCUGUAUGUAUUUCCCUUUUCUAUCUAUUUUAUAUCAUUAACAUGCAGAUACAGUAUUAUGUUGGAUACAGACAAAAUUCCAACAAUGAUUAAAGUAUAUGCAUAUAUUCUGCUUGUUAACCUGCACUUUGUAUAAUGGGAUUUCCUCUUGAGUACAGCCAACUAGUUUAAGAUUAUAUUUAGUGCGUUAUUUUGUCUAAAGUUUCUUAUUCUUAAAC